UGUAUAUAUAUUUUUUUUGUCACUUCUAGCAACCGACAAAAAUGUUUAAAACCAUAAAUAUAUAUUUCUGUUCUCAGUUUGGCCAUUCUCUCUGGUAUCUAAUUAUUCUUUUUUGUCGGUACUCUCAUGUGGCAAUACCUCCCUCACCUAAGUUUUUUUUUUUAUUUGUACAAAAGUUAGAAAUUAAAAUACACCUGUUGGAUCCAAAAUCAAGAAUCUAUUUGUGUAUUAAGUCCUCCCUGUUUUCUGGGAAACUUCAACUCUACAUCUUUUUAUCCACAUACGCCACCAUGAAACCCAUCUCGAGUUUUCUUGAAAGUCUUGACAUAAAUUUUCCUUCAGCCAUAAUUCUCAUUCUUUGCACCAUCUUUACACUUUCUUGGUGUACAUGGCUAUUGUAUAGCAAUUCGAAGAAACAAAAAAACCUGCCCCCAGGGCCACCAGGCCUUCCGGUGAUUGGCAAUCUGGCCUCUCUUCACCCGGAACUCCACUCAUACUUCGCUACCCUGGCCAAUAGGUAUGGUCCAAUCUUGAAACUCCAUCUCGGACGCAAACUUGGGAUAGUGGUAACUUCACCUUCUUUAGCCAAAGAAAUCCUCAAAGAUCAUGACAUCACCUUUGCAAACCGAGAUGUGCCCGACGUUGCCCGCUCCGCCGCGUACGGUGGUCGAGACAUUGUUUGGACACCAUAUGGAGCAGAGUGGAGGAUGUUGAGAAAAGUAUGUGUCCUCAAAAUGCUUAGCAACACUACUCUAGACUCAGUCUACACCCUUCGUCGCCAUGAGGUCCGACAAACCGUGGGUUAUAUCUAUAAUCGGUUCGGAUCACCUGUAAACUUCGGUGAGCAAGUCUUUCUAACAAUACUUAACGUUAUAACUAAUAUGUUAUGGGGAGGUACCGUACAAGGUGAAGAAAGGGCUACUCUUGGAGCCGAGUUUAGAGAAGUGGUGGCUGAGAUGACUGAUUUAUUGGGUAAGCCUAAUAUUUCAGAUUUCUUUCCGGGUUUGGGUUUGUUUGACUUGCAAGGACUGCAAAAGAAGAUGCAUAGCUUAGCUAAACAGUUUGAUGAGAUAUUUGAGAGGAUGAUUAACAAACGGCUGAAAAUGGAUAAAGAAGGAGAAAGUGGGAAAGAGUGUAAAGAUUUCUUGCACUUCUUGUUGAAAGUGAAGGAGGAGGGAGAUUCCAAGACUCCACUUACCAUGACUCACCUCAAAGCUUUGCUCAUGGAUAUGAUAGUGGGCGGUUCAGACACAUCCGCAAACUCAAUUGAGUUCGCCAUGGCAGAAAUCGUGAACAACCCAGAGGUAAUGAGAAAAGCUCAGCAAGAAUUGGACGCAGUAGUUGGCAAAAACGACAUAGUAGAAGAGUCUCACAUAAAUCAAUUGCCAUAUCUAUAUGCCAUCAUGAAAGAAUCACUGAGAAUGCACCCAGCACUUCCUCUAUUAGUCCCUCACUGCCCAAGUGAAACAACCAAUAUCGGAGGCUAUACCGUUCCAAAGGGUGCUCGAGUUUUCAUUAACGUUUGGCAGAUACAUAGGGAUCCAUCAAUUUGGGAAAAUCCCUUGGAGUUUAAACCUGAAAGGUUUUUGGAUAGCAGAUGGGAUUACAGCGGAAGCGAUUUCAGUUAUUUUCCGUUUGGGUCAGGAAGGAGAAUAUGUGCUGGUAUAGCGAUGGCAGAAAGGAUGUUUUUGUAUUCACUUGCUACCUUCUUGCAUUCUUUUGAUUGGAAAUUUCCUGAAGGAAAGAAGAUGGAUCUUUCUGAGAAGUUUGGGAUUGUUCUGAAGUUGAAGAAUCCUUGUAUUGCUGUUCCAACGCCAAGGCUGUCUGAUCCAAAACUUUAUGACUAGGCCUCGACAUUGUACUAAUACUGUACUAAUAAUCUUUUUUUCUUGCUUAUGAUGUUGACAACCCCACUGGGCUUGGCUUCCAUUGAUUUUCUUAAAUGUGCCGCUGCCAAAUGAUUCAAUGCUACUGAGCUUAGCUAUCAAA